AUGGGGAGCGGGGCCAGUGCCGAGGACAAGGAGAUGGCCAAGAGGUCCAAGGAGCUGGAGAAGAAGCUCCAGGAGGAUGCGGAUAAGGAGGCCAAGACGGUCAAGCUGCUGCUGCUUGGGGCUGGAGAGUCAGGGAAGAGCACCAUCGUGAAGCAGAUGAAGAUCAUCCACCAGGACGGUUACACGGAGGAGGAGUGCAUGGAGUUCAAGUCCAUUAUCUACGGGAACAUCCUGCAGUCCAUCCUGGCCAUCAUCCGCGCCAUGUCCACGCUGGGCAUCGACUACGCCGAGUCCUCCUGCGCGGAUGAAGGCCGGCUGCUCUUCAACCUGGCUGACUCCAUCGAGGAGGGCACGAUGCCCCCCGAGCUGGUGGCCUGCAUCAAGAAGCUGUGGAAGGACGGGGGGGUUCAGGCGUGCUUUGACCGCGCUGCCGAGUAUCAGCUCAACGACUCAGCUGCAUAUUACCUGAACCAGCUGGACAGGAUCACAGCCCCCAACUACCUCCCCAACGAGCAGGACGUGUUGCGAUCCCGAGUGAAGACCACAGGGAUCAUCGAGACCAAGUUCUCUGUCAAAGACCUGAAUUUCAGGAUGUUCGACGUGGGAGGGCAGCGCUCAGAGAGGAAGAAGUGGAUCCACUGCUUCGAGGGCGUGACCUGCAUCAUCUUCUGUGGGGCCCUGAGCGCCUAUGACAUGGUGCUGGUGGAGGACGAUGAAGUGAACCGGAUGCAUGAAUCCCUGCACCUAUUCAACAGUAUAUGCAACCACAAGUUCUUUGCUGCCACCUCCAUCAUCCUCUUCCUCAACAAGAAGGACCUUUUUGAGGAAAAGAUCAAGAAAGUCCAUCUCAGCAUCUGCUUCCCAGAGUAUGAUGGUCCAAACACAUUUGAGGAUGCAGGGAAUUACAUCAAGACCCAGUUCCUGGAUCUCAACAUGAGGAAGGACGUGAAGGAGAUCUACAGCCACAUGACCUGUGCCACAGACACACAGAACGUCAAGUUCGUCUUCGACGCCGUCACAGACGUGAUCAUCAAAGAGAACCUCAAGGACUGCGGCCUCUUCUGAGCACCAGCAGAAGAAGAAAUCAUUUCCAUCUCACCGUUCUGCUGAGCAGAGCCAAAGGAAGAACCAACCCUCACCACACAUCACUGCUCCCACUUUUUCU